AUGGCGAGAGAAACUAGUUGUUUCGCCAAAGUCACUGCCGGAGUUGCCGUCGGCGGCGCAGUUGGCGGUGCCGUUGGUGCUGUCUAUGGAACUUACGAGGCGAUUAGAUUCAGGGUGCCUGGGCUUAUGAAGAUAAGGUACAUUGGGCAAACAACACUCGGCAGUGCAGCAGUUUUUGGGCUUUUUCUAGGUGCUGGCAGUUUGAUACACUGUGGAAAAUAA